ACCAACCACAGCAAGAAGCAACCAAGCAAAGCCAUCGGUUGAUUGAAGCUAAAGUAAGAGAGGAGAGCGUGCGUGCAAGAAAGCGCCGGCCACCGGAGCUGCUGCAGGGAUCAGCCCCGUCUCCAAUCGAGCAUGGACAAGGUGCUGGCCUUCUCCAUCCUGAGCGCAUCGCCGGCAGACAUCGCCCCCGACGCCGGCGGCAGCUGGGCUCGGCUGUCCCUGCGGGGAAGGAAGAUGCAGGAGGACGACCGGGCGGCUGGAGCAGCGAAACAGGGGAAGCAGGGCGGUCUGCCGGCGGAGUCAGAGCAGCGGCCGGACGAAGGGAAAUCGCACUCGCCGCCGCCGCGGUUCGCGCCGGAGUUCGAUGGGAUUGACUGCUUCGAGACCAUCGUGUGCCAUUGACCGGUGCAUCGCGAGCUGCUCCUGGUCCAGCCGGGCUUGUGACUCCUAAUUCUUUCGGUCUGAAGAUUCAUAAAUUCUUUGCUGACUUGUGCUCCUAAUCUAAAGCCACAGCUUGUAGUACCCGUGUAUAAAAAGUUUUUCUCUUUUAUGAUUUGCCAGUGUUCAUAUGA